AUGGCAGCGCAGGCCAGAAUGAGAAGCGCAAAAGUUCUUCUCAUUAACCUUGGGGGGUUAGGUACAGAAAUUGCUAAAAACUUAGUCCUCAGCGGGGUCGGUUUUCUCUCGCUGGUAGAUAAUCACGAUGUUAGUGAAGGGGACCUCAGCACACAAUUCUUCUUGAGCAAAGAUGAGAUCGGUACUAAACGCCUCGACUCUGCAAUCAGCCGGAUACAGGAUAUGAAUCCACGUGUUACCUUGACUGUGGAUACUGAAGACUUCAGGCAAAAGCCUGAUUCCUUCUACGGGCAGUUUGAUCUUAUUAUUGCCACGGAUGUCUCCACGGAAGAAGCGAUCAGAGUAAACCAGCUUACACGUAAGUUUAAUGUUCCUUUCUUCCUAUGUGGUUUGAAUGGACUAUCUGGCUUCAUAUUUGUGGACUUGAUUCGAUUCGACGCAACAGAUGAGAAACUAAAGAGCUCAGUCAAGACGCCAUUGGGCGCCUUAUCACAAAACCGUGAAGUUGUUGAGGUCACAGAGUAUCUUAAUGAAGAACAGUCGGAAGUUUACGAGAGAAUUGUCACUAGGAAUGCCUACAAACCAUUCGAGCAAGUUCUCAAAGAGGGAACUCUUAAAGGCAAACUAACAAAAAGACAGGUCAAAAGGCUCACGAACGCAGUACCUCUGACUUUCGCAUUGUUUUCUUACAGAGAUGGAUACGCUGCUGUGACCAGGCAUGAUCUGGAACAAAGGGCAACUGACGCCUGUGUGCAGCUUGGACUCCCCUCCGAAAACCUAAAACAAGAAUACGUUGAACAGUUUUCACAACAAGCGGGCCUAGAGUUUGCACCUGUAUCUGCAGUAAUUGGGGGUACAGUCGCGCAGGACGUUAUAAACAUUCUCGGCAAGAAGCAGUCACCCCUCAACAACUUCAUUGUUUUGGACGGAAUAUCAUUAGAUAUGCAUAUAUUCGAACUCUAG